UCCAUGGAGACCAGUCAACAUUGUUUUUCAGGUCAGGCAAGGCUAAAACUUUUGGAUCCCAUUUGAACCUGGAGAAAACUUGACUCUUGCCUUGUGGAUUUCAAAAGUUUCUGUCUGGGUGAUGAAUUUAGGGCUCGUUGUAUACAGGGAGGAAAAACGGGCAGCUGAAUGAAUUCAAAAAAAGUUUAGCUCUGCUAAAAGGGUUAGGAGGUUGUGUGAACACAGCUGGAUAGUAGCACGGUGAUCCAGAAGACGGGCUGAGAGAAGGAAGGGAGGGAAAUGCAGUUUUUGCUGCUUGCCAUUUUUAAAAGAUAAUGCAUCGGUAAAGCAUUUCUAAAAGGGGAAACCGGCCUUCCUCGCAAUCAACAUGCAGAAAAUCCAGUUUCAAAGCAGCAGUUAAAGAGUCAUAGGUACGAAGAGAGGCAAACUGGGAGAGGAGAGAAUAUUUUAAAAUUAGUUUCCAGCGGAGAAGAACUUCAGCUGGAUCCGUUUGUCUCUGUGGGGAGACACCAGAUGUUAUUGUGCUUUCGGAGUCGGUAGCAGUGAGGUUGGGGUUGUAGUAGAGGGCAUAAUUUUCUGCUUAGCCAAGUAGGGAGGUUUUAUGAAAAGGGCCCACGGGGUAAGAUUGCCCAAGAGUGAAACGCCGCCUGAAGGCGUGAUGGGAAGGCCUCAGCCAUCUAAUCUGGAGAGGAGGGCACGGCCGGGCCCGUGUCAAAAGCAAUCCUGCAAGAAAAAAAUAAUAAUAAUCAGCUGAAAACCAGUCGCCUGGUUAGCAUAUGCAAAGGAAGGAAGCAAGGAAGGAUCACAACCCCUGAACAUAUUCCUGAAGGGAGCAGCAGAAAUGAGGACGUGGCUACGGAUUAGGUCCUGAGGUGGCCUAAGUGAGCAGGUGAUGAUCCGAACAGCGUUCUCUCUAUUUGGAGAAAGGGAAGGGAAGAAAGAAGCGAAGGAAAACUUUCAAUAAUCGGAAGAUUAACUAAGAUCAGGAAGCUGCAUUUCUCACAGCCAAUAUGAUGCGUUGGGUGACCCUCCUUUUAUUCUCGGUCAUUUUCCGCCUGUUUUUUGACCUGCCCUGGGUUCAAAUCGUGCCAGCCCUUUUCAUAUUCUACUUGGGCUCCGGUGGAUGGAAGUUCCUCCGUAUUUUCGCCAAGACCAUCAAACGAGAUGCCACGACCGCCAGGACCGUCCUGUCAACCCGCCUGAAGAUCUGGUGGUACGUGAAACACCGCACCACCAUCCCCAAGAUCUUCCAGCAGACGGUGCAGAGACAUCCGGAGAAGGUCGCCCUCAUCUUCCAAGGCACGGGAGAAACGUGGACCUUCCGUCAGCUGGAUGACUACUCCAACCAGGUGGCCAACUUCUUCUACGAGCAGGGCUUCCGCUCGGGGGAUGCUAUUGCCCUCUUCAUGGAGUCCUGCAACCAGUACGUUGGCCUGUGGCUCGGACUGGCCAAGAUCGGGGUGGAGGCGGCUCUCCUAAACUCCAACGUGCGGCAGGAAUCCUUGGUCCACUGCAUCAAAAUCUCCCAUGCCAAGGCGGUCAUAUUUGGAAGUGAGCUGGCCGAAGCCUUGAGGGAAAUCCAGCCCUGCUUGGAGAAAUCCAUCCGUCUCUUCUGCUCUGGCGAUCGGCAGGCCGUCAACUCCCUGCCUGGGGUGGAAGAUCUUGACCCUCUGGUUGAGAAGGCCCAGCGCCAGCCGCCCAAUCCACCGGACAAGGGAUUCCUAGAUAAACUCUUCUACAUUUACACUUCCGGAACAACCGGCUUGCCCAAGGCAGCCAUCAUCGUCCACAGCAGGUAUUUCCGGAUGGCGACUCUGGUCCACGGCGGCUUCCGCAUGACGCCCGACGACGUGGUUUAUGACACCCUCCCUCUCUACCACGCGGCAGGAAACAUUGUUGGAGUCGGGCAGUGCCUCCUGCACGGAAUGACGGUGGUGAUCCGGAGGAAGUUUUCGGCUUCUCAUUUUUGGGACGAUUGUGUCAAGUACAACUGCACGAUUGUACAGUACAUCGGAGAGAUUUGCCGGUACUUGCUGAACCAGCCGUCCAAAGAGGUGGAGCGUCAGCACCGAGUUCGAAUGGCGCUGGGGAACGGCCUGCGGGCCUCCAUCUGGAAGGAGUUCAGCGAACGUUUUGGCAUCCCUCAGAUUGCCGAGUUUUAUGGCUCCACCGAGUGCAAUUGCAGCGUGGGGAACUUUGACAACAAGUUGGGGGCCUGUGGCUUCAACAGCAGAAUCUUGCCCCACGUUUACCCCAUCAAGCUAGUGAAAGUGAACGAAGACACCAUGGAGCUGAUCCGGGGACCAGAUGGGCUCUGCGUGAGGUGUAAACCAGGGGAACCCGGCCAGCUGGUGGGGCGCAUCGUCCAAAGCGACCCGUUGCAGCGUUUUGAUGGCUACCUCAACCACGAGGCCAACAACAAGAAAAUAGCCCGAGAUGUCUUCACCAAAGGCGACUCUGCCUACCUCUCAGGUGACGUCCUGGUGAUGGACGAACUGGGCUACCUGUAUUUCCGAGACCGGACCGGGGACACUUUCCGCUGGAAGGGCGAGAACGUCUCCACGACGGAGGUGGAGGGCACCCUCAGCCGCCUCCUCAACAUGGCGGACGUGGUGGUGUAUGGCGUGGCCGUGCCAGGCACGGAAGGGAAAGCUGGCAUGGCUGCCGUGGUAGAUAAGGAGCACGCCUGCAACUUGGAGAGCUUUGCUGCAGAAAUGAAGAAAUCCCUGCCCGCCUACGCCCGGCCGGUGUUCCUGCGGUUGCUGAAGGAAGUGCACCAGACAAGCACCUUCAAGUUCCAGAAGGUCGAUCUGCGGAAAGAAGGAUACGAUCCCAUGGUGGUGAAAGAUAAAUUAUUCUACUUGGAGCCUCGAGAAUGCCGGUAUAAGCCCUUGGACGAAGAAGCCUUUGGAAAAAUCCAGUCGGGACAAAUCAAACUGUAAAAAGGGGUGGGUGGGUGUGAGACAUCGAAAGGACAUUUUUCUUCCCUCUUGGAAACCCAUCACAUCCUUUGGUGCGAGGACUGGGAUUACAACGGGGUUGGAAAACUGGAAAUGACCAAGUCAGUUUCUGGGUUCGGGUCCCCCUGCCCUUGUUACCAAUCACCUCUUGAUGUGAUGCCAAACUAGAGGUGCGUUUGGGGGGGGGGGGUAAAUUACCAUUAGCGUUUCCUGAAAAAGGCAAAAAUUAGGGUUGUUGUUUUUUUUGUUUUAAUUGUGUGAUUUCCAGCAGUGUGGAUGAUUUUGCCUAGCGUCAUCUUUACUAAAGCACAGAUGAUGAUAUAUGGCAGUGAUGGCGAACCUACGGCACGCGUGCCACAAGCGGCAUGCAGAGCCAU